UCAGGGAGGUAAGAAACUCCGGCGGAGCUGAGUCCGGCUGCUGUGGCUGUUGGCCAUGCUGGGGACAGCUCAGGCCUGGUGCUGCCGGAGGUGAGGGCGCUCUCAGGCUCUGCCAGUCAUCAUCAGCAGGCUCAACGGUGCAGACAGAUCUGGGGCCAGUAUGGCGGAUCCUGGUGAUGGUCUCCGUACGGUGCCUGGGGAGGCGGCUGAGCCCCUUGGAGAGGACAGUGGCACCUCUGGUGGGGAGGCCUUCCCCCUCUCUUCCCUAGCCAACCUGUUUGAGGGGGAGGAAGGCUCCUCUUCACCUUCACCGACCGAUGCUACCCGUCCUACCGGCCCGGGUGAUGGACGUCCGAACCUGCGUAUGAAGUUCCAGGGUGCUUUCCGAAAGGGGGUUCCCAACCCCAUCGACCUGCUGGAGUCUACCCUGUACGAGUCUUCGGUAGUGCCUGGGCCCAAGAAGGCACCCAUGGACUCGCUGUUCGACUAUGGCACUUACCGCCACCACCCCAGCGAGAACAAGAGGUGGAGGAGGAAGGUCAUAGAGAAGCAGCCACAGAGCCCCAAAGCUCCUGCACCCCAGCCACCCCCAAUACUCAAAGUUUUCAACCGGCCGAUCCUUUUUGACAUUGUCUCUCGGGGCUCCACCUCCGACCUGGAUGGACUUCUGUCUUUCCUGUUGACCCACAAGAAGCGCCUGACCGAUGAGGAGUUCCGGGAGCCGUCUACAGGGAAGACCUGCCUGCCCAAGGCCUUGCUGAACCUGCACAAUGGCCGCAACGACACCAUCCCGGUGUUGCUGGACAUCGCCGAGCGAACGGGCAACAUGCGAGAGUUCAUUAACUCGCCCUUCAGAGACAUCUACUACCGAGGCCAGACGUCCUUGCACAUCGCCAUUGAGCGACGCUGUAAGCACUACGUGGAGCUGCUGGUGGCCCAGGGAGCUGACGUGCACGCCCAGGCCCGAGGCCGCUUCUUCCAGCCCAAGGACGAGGGCGGCUACUUCUACUUUGGUGAGCUGCCCUUGUCCCUGGCGGCCUGCACCAACCAGCCACACAUCGUCAACUAUCUGACGGAGAACCCUCACAAGAAGGCUGACAUGCGGCGCCAGGACUCACGAGGCAACACGGUGCUGCACGCGCUGGUGGCCAUCGCCGACAACACCCGAGAGAACACCAAGUUUGUCACCAAGAUGUACGACCUGUUGCUUCUCAAGUGCUCCCGGCUCUUCCCGGAUAGCAACCUGGAGACUGUGCCCAACAAUGAUGGCCUCUCGCCUCUCAUGAUGGCUGCCAAGACGGGCAAGAUUGGGAUCUUUCAGCACAUCAUCCGGCGGGAGGUGACAGAUGAAGACACACGACACCUGUCCCGCAAGUUCAAGGACUGGGCCUACGGGCCUGUGUAUUCUUCACUCUACGACCUCUCCUCCCUGGACACGUGUGGGGAGGAGGUGUCCGUGCUGGAGAUCCUGGUGUACAACAGCAAGAUUGAGAACCGCCACGAGAUGCUGGCUGUGGAGCCCAUCAAUGAACUGCUGAGGGACAAGUGGCGCAAGUUUGGAGCCGUGUCCUUCUACAUCAACGUGGUCUCCUACCUGUGUGCCAUGGUCAUCUUCACCCUCACAGCCUACUACCAGCCACUGGAGGGCACGCCGCCCUACCCUUACCGCACCACGGUGGACUACCUGAGGCUGGCCGGUGAGAUCAUCACACUGUUCACGGGAGUCCUGUUCUUCUUUACCAGUAUCAAAGACUUGUUCAUGAAGAAAUGCCCCGGAGUGAAUUCUCUCUUCGUCGAUGGCUCCUUCCAGUUGCUUUACUUCAUCUACUCUGUGCUGGUGGUCGUCUCUGCGGCACUCUACCUGGCGGGGAUCGAGGCUUACCUGGCCGUGAUGGUCUUUGCUCUGGUCCUGGGAUGGAUGAACGCCCUUUACUUCACUCGAGGGCUGAAGCUGACGGGGACCUACAGCAUCAUGAUCCAGAAGAUCCUCUUCAAAGACCUCUUCCGCUUCCUGCUGGUCUACCUGCUCUUCAUGAUCGGCUACGCCUCGGCCCUGGUCACCCUCCUGAAUCCAUGUGCCAACAUGAAGGUCUGUGACGAGGACCAGAACAACUGCACGGUGCCCACGUACCCCUCGUGCCGUGACAGCGAGACCUUCAGCGCCUUCCUUCUCGACCUCUUCAAGCUCACCAUCGGCAUGGGGGACCUGGAGAUGCUGAGCAGCGCCAAGUACCCCGUGGUCUUCAUCCUCCUGCUCGUCACCUACAUCAUCCUGACCUUCGUGCUCCUGCUGAACAUGCUCAUCGCCCUCAUGGGGGAGACCGUGGGCCAGGUGUCCAAGGAGAGCAAACACAUCUGGAAGCUGCAGUGGGCCACCACCAUCCUGGACAUUGAGCGCUCCUUCCCCGUGUUCCUGAGGAAAGCCUUCCGCUCCGGAGAGAUGGUGACGGUGGGUAAGAGCUCGGAUGGCACUCCAGACCGCAGGUGGUGCUUCAGGGUGGACGAGGUGAACUGGUCUCACUGGAACCAGAACUUGGGCAUCAUUAACGAGGACCCAGGCAAGAGUGAGAUCUACCAGUACUAUGGUUUCUCACACACCGUGGGGCGCCUCCGCAGGGAUCGCUGGUCCUCCGUGGUGCCCCGCGUGGUGGAGCUGAACAAGAACUCGAGCCCGGACGAGGUGGUGGUGCCCCUGGAUAACCUAGGAAACCCCAACUGUGACGGCCACCAGCAGGGCUAUGCCCCCAAGUGGAGGACAGAGGAUGCCCCCCUGUAGGGGCUGUCAGGGUAGGGGCACUCAGCCCAGCCUUGCUGCACUCACCCGCCGUCCACCUGCACGUCAGCAUCCGUCCCGUGUCUUCCCAUACCCACUUGUGACCCCAGAGGUGAGGGCUUACGGAGACUCCGGGGAGGCCCCGGGACCCUCUGGCCCCCACCAACGCUUCUGCCCUCAGCUCUGCCCCUUUCCACACGGGGGACGGGGCUCCUGGCCACCUGUCUCACUCCCAUGGAGUCACCUAAGCCGGCUCAGGGCCCCUCCACUCGCAGGGUUCAGGCCCCUGUCCCUCUUGUGCGUUAUUUAUUGCUCUCCUCAGGAAAAUGGCAUGGCAGGACCCCACCAGCAGCUGGAACCUGGCCAGGGUUGAAGCGCAUUCGGGGACAUUGCAGCCCAGGCCAGGGUGGGUCUUUCUGUACGUGUAGAGAUGGGGGGGGCAUUGGUGCUCAAUAAAUGGUUGUUUAUUCA